GUUUUCCCUCCCCCGGGUUGCUCGGCGGACGUCGCCGCGCUGUCGGAGGCCUGUGACUUCCCGGCUCGGCCUGGGGAAGCGGCUCCCGGGUCCGCCCCGAUGUAGCGCGGUCGCAGCCGGGACCGCUUGGGCCCCAAAUCUCUUGUCCGCGAGGCUUUUCGGGUCGAGACGUGCCUGUCCUCGCUGCCAGAGGGUCGUCCCGGGACCACUCCCACUCCCCCCGCAGUUGUCUCGUUUCUCUGCAGUACAGGAGGGAGACCCGGGCCGAGCCCGGGCGCGCGGAAGGGUUGACAGGAAUCCAGGAGAUCUCUUCCCGGGCUGGGAUGAGCUCCUAGGUAUUGCAGCACCUCUGGUGGGGCUCGGGGUGAUCACGAGAAGUCCGUUUCAUCAGUGAUGACGGUCACCCGGGCUUUCAGCACAGGUGAUUUACUAGUCGGGAGUUAUCUAGCGCUUGCCAGGUUGGGAGCCACUCUGAUGUGAAUUAGCUAUUGAAUCCAGGCAGGAGCCAGUAGGUGGUGAAGGCAACAGGUUAUGCGUUUACCUUUGGUUGGUUGGUUAUUUUAUUGUCUGUGCCCACUGGCAUGGCACUACAACACUUGCAGAUCAUUUAAGGAAUUUCCUAUAAAAUGGGAAUUUUUAUUGCAGUCCUUGGAAUUUGGUUCAGCUCUUCUCUAGUUAAAGCAGAUUCUAAAGCUGUGACAACAUCUCUGACUACAAAGUGGUACUCAACUCCUCUGUUACUUGAAGCUAGUGAAUUUUUAUCAGAAGAAAGUCAAGAGAAAUUUUGGAGUUUUGUUGAAGCUAGUCAAGAUAUUAGAUCAUCAAGUCCUGGAGGUAAUAAUUAUUCUUCCUAUCAUGCAAUGCUGAAAAUAGCCAGCCAGAAUCUGUCACCUCUGCAGAAGAACUUACUGAAGUUUUCCUUGUCUCUGCGUUCUUAUUCUGCUACUGUCCAAGCUUUUCAACAGAUUGCAGCAGAUGAACCUCCACCAGAGGGUUGUAGCUCAUUUUUUGCUGUGCAUGGGGAGAAGACUUGUGAAUUUAACACUCUUGAAAACCUUUUACAGACAGCUUCAAAGAGGCCGAAGCCUUUUCUGUUUAAAGGCGAUCACAAGUACCCAGUAUCAAACUAUGAGAGUCCUACUGUCAUACUGUAUGCUGAGAUAGGAUCUGAGGAGUUUUCCAGAUUGCACAACUGGCUUGUAUCAAAAGCAAAGGCAGGAGAAAUAACUUAUGUCCUCAGACACUAUGUUGCUAAUCCAAGUAAAGAAAAAGUCUACCUCUCGGGUUAUGGUGUGGAGCUGGCCAUUAAAAGCACAGAAUAUAAGUCCAAGGACGAUACCCAGGUGAAAGGCACAGAUAUGAAUGCUACCGUGAUAGAUGAAAAUGACCCAAUUGAUGAAGUACAAGGAUUUCUUUUUGGAAAACUAAGGCAGUUGUAUCCUGAAUUGAAGGAAGAGCUAAAAGAGCUCCGAAAGCAUCUUGUUGAAAGUACCAAUGAAAUGGCACCUUUAAAAGUAUGGCAACUACAAGAUUUAAGUUUUCAAACUGCUGCCCGCAUCUUAGCUGCUCCGACUGUGGAUGCCUUGAUGGUUAUGAAAGAUCUUAGCCAGAACUUUCCUACAAAGGCCAGAGCGAUAACUAAGACAGCUGUUUCCUCAGAAAUCAGGACAGAAAUUGAAGAGAACCAAAAGUACUUCAAAGGAACAUUAGGAUUACAGCCUGGAGAUUCUGCCCUCUUCAUCAAUGGACUGCAUAUUGAUUUAGACACCCAGGAUAUAUUUAGUUUGAUUGAUGUGUUGCGCAAUGAAGCUCGUGUUAUGGAGGGACUACACAGAUUAGGAAUUGAGGGCCUUUCCUUGCACAAUGUUUUAAAGCUGAACAUUCAGCCCUCAGAUUCAGACUAUGCUGUGGAUAUCAGAAACCCAGCUAUUUCAUGGAUCAACAACCUUGAAGUUGAUAGCAGGUACAAUUCCUGGCCUUCCAGCAUGCAGGAACUGCUACGCCCCACCUUCCCGGGAGUGAUCAGGCAAAUCAGAAAAAACUUCCACAACUUUGUUCUUAUAGUGGAUCCUACUCAUGAGAGUACAGCAGAACUGCUUAAUGUGGCUGAGAUGUUCUUCAGUAAUCACAUCCCACUGAGGAUUGGUCUAGUUUUUGUGGUCAAUGACUCAGAAGAUAUUGAUGGACUACAGGAUGCUGGAGUUGCUCUUCUUAGGGCAUAUAAUUAUGUUGCACAAGAAUCAGAUAAUAAUUACGCUUUCCAGACUGUAAUAUCUAUGUAUAACAAAGUCAAAACGGGCGAUCAACUGAAGGUUGAACAUGUAGUUAGUGUUCUUGAGAAGCAAUAUCCUUAUGUGGAAGUGAACAGCAUUCUGGGAAUUGAUUCUGCUUAUGACCAAAAUAGGAAGGAAGGGCGAAGUUACUAUGAGCAGACAGGGGUGGGUCCUCUGCCCAUUGUGCUGUUCAACGGAAUGCCUUUUCAAAAAGAGCAGCUGGAUCCUGAUGACCUAGAAACUGUAACAAUGCACAAAAUCCUAGAAACCACUAGCUUCUUCCAGAGAGCUGUGUACCUGGUUGAAUUGUCCAAUGAUCAAGAUGUGGUUGACUAUAUCAUGAACCAACCUAAUGUUGUUCCAAGGAUCAAUUCGAGGAUCUUGACAUCUGACAGAGAGUACUUAGAUCUAACUGCAACUAAUAAUUUCUUUGUGGAUGAUUUUGCUAGGUUUACUGUCUUGGAUUCCAAAGAUAAGACAGCUGCUAUAGCCAAUAGCAUGACCUACUUAACAAAGAAAGGAAUGUCCUCCAAGGAGAUCUAUGAUGAUUCUUUUGUUAGACCAGUUACUUUUUGGAUCGUUGGAGAUUUUGAUAAAGCUUCUGGGAGACAAUUGUUGUAUGAUGCUAUCAAGCAUCAGAAAUCCAGCAAUAAUGUCCGAAUUAGCAUGAUUAAUAACCCCAGUGAAGAGCCAUCUAAUGAGAACACACUUAUCACCAGGGCUAUAUGGGCAGCUUUACAAACGCAAACAUCGAAUAAUGCCAAGAAUUUCAUUACUAAAAUGGCCAAAGAGGAAAUAGCAAAGGCAUUGGAGGCAGGAGCUGACAUUGCAGAAUUUGCUGUUGGGGGUAUGGAUAUAAAUAGUUUCAAAGAUGCCUUUGAAUCUCCCAAAGUAGAUUUUGUUCUGUCUCAUGCUGUGUACUGCAGAGAUGUUUUGAAACUGAAGAAAGGACAGAGAGCAGUGAUCAGCAAUGGAAGGAUUAUUGGUCCCUUGGAAGAUGGUGAGAUGUUCAAUCAAGAUGACUUCCACCUCUUGGAGAAUAUUAUAUUAAAGACAUCAGGACAGAAAAUCAAAUCCCAUAUUCAGCAGUUGGGGGUAGAGGAGGAUCUGGCAAGCGAUUUGGUAAUGAAGGUUGAUGCCCUUCUGUCAGCUCAGCCAAAAGGAGAAGCAAGGAUCGAAUACCAUUUUUUUGAAGAGAGAUACAGUGCAGUUAAACUGAGACCAAAGGAAGGAGAGACAUACUUCGAUGUGGUGGCUAUCGUUGACCCUGUUACCAGAGAUGCUCAAAGGCUUGCUCCAUUACUUUUGGUUCUGAAUCAACUGAUAAAUAUGAAUCUAAGAGUUUUUAUGAACUGCCAGUCUAAACUUUCUGACAUGCCUCUGAAGAGCUUUUAUCGCUAUGUGUUGGAGCCUGAGAUUUCUUUCACAGCAGAUGACAACUUUGCUCCUGGUCCAAUUGCCAAAUUCCUAGAUAUGCCUCAGUCCCCGCUGUUUACUCUGAAUCUAAAUACCCCUGAGAGCUGGAUGGUGGAGUCUGUCAGAACUCCGUAUGACAUUGAUAACAUUUACUUGGAGGAGGUGGAUAAUAUAGUAGCUGCAGAAUAUGAAUUGGAGUAUUUGCUUCUGGAAGGACACUGUUAUGAUAUCACUACUGGACAGCCACCUCGAGGACUCCAGUUCACAUUGGGAACUUCAACCAAACCUGUUGUUGUUGAUACAAUUGUCAUGGCCAACUUAGGUUACUUUCAGCUCAAAGCCAAUCCUGGGGCCUGGGUCCUGAAGCUCAGGAAAGGGAGGUCUGAGGACAUCUAUAGAAUUUAUAGCCAUGAUGGUACGGAUUCUCCACCUGAUGCUAACGAAGUAAUUGUUGUUCUCAACAACUUCAAGAGCAAAAUUAUUAAAGUGAAGGUUCAGAAAAAACUAGACAUGAUGAAUGAAGAUUUACUAAGUGAUGGAACCAGCGAGAAUGAGUCUGGAUUUUGGGAAUCUCUUAAAUGGGGAUUCACAGGUGGGCAAAAGAAUGAAGAUGUGAGACAGGAGAAAGAUGAUGUGAUUAAUAUAUUUUCUGUGGCUUCAGGACACCUGUAUGAAAGAUUCCUCCGCAUAAUGAUGUUAUCCGUCUUGAAACAUACUAAGACUCCAGUAAAAUUCUGGUUCUUGAAGAACUACUUGUCACCUACAUUCAAGGAGUUCAUCCCAUACAUGGCAGAGAACUACAGUUUCCAGUAUGAACUUGUCCAGUAUAAAUGGCCACGAUGGCUUCAUCAGCAAACAGAGAAGCAGCGCAUUAUCUGGGGCUAUAAGAUCCUUUUUCUGGAUGUCCUGUUCCCACUUGCUGUAGAUAAAUUUUUGUUUGUGGAUGCAGAUCAGAUUGUGCGCACAGACCUCAAAGAGUUAAGAGAUUUCAAUUUGGAUGGAGCACCUUAUGGAUAUACUCCCUUCUGUGACAGCCGUAAAGAGAUGGAUGGCUACAGGUUCUGGAAGUCAGGAUACUGGGCAAGUCACUUGGCUGGAAGAAAAUACCACAUCAGUGCACUCUAUGUUGUGGAUCUGAAGAAGUUCAGGAAGAUUGCUGCUGGAGACCGGCUUAGAGGACAGUAUCAAGGUCUUAGUCAGGAUCCUAACAGCCUUUCCAACCUUGAUCAGGAUUUGCCCAACAACAUGAUCCAUCAAGUGCCAAUUAAAUCACUCCCACAAGAGUGGCUUUGGUGUGAAACAUGGUGUGAUGAUGCUUCAAAAAAGAGAGCAAAAACAAUUGAUCUGUGUAAUAACCCAAUGACCAAAGAGCCCAAGCUGCAGGCUGCGAUGCGUAUCGUCUCAGAGUGGCAGGACUAUGAUCUAGAAAUUAAACAGCUCUACAGUCGUUUCCAGGAAGAGAAAGAAAUUGGAACAAUUAAAACAACAGGCGAAACAAAACAUCAAAGCAAAGAAGAUCCAGCAGCACAUGUGGAAUUAUGAUCUAUGGGGAAACAUGAAGUUAGACUAUUUAAUAGACAAUUUUUAUAUCAAAUGCUAGUUUUUCCAGUAUGUCUGCAGAACUGCUGAAUAAUUGAAUGGGAUGAUGUGUGCAUUUUUAUCACUUGCUUUUGAGUUGAUUUCUGCAUAUGAAAUAGGAUCUGGAUUAUUGGAAUUAGUGUUACUGUUUUUGUACCUGUGGGUGAAUGAAAGAGCCUGCAGAGGAGUCCAGAAUUUCAGUUAACAAAACUCUGAAUAUCAUUGAAAAAGCAGCAGAUCUGUUCAUCUAGCUGUUGCCAUAAACACCACUAGUCGUCAUGAUUCUAUUAACCACAGAUAUCUUACUCAAGAGCGCAUGGAAAUUGCAUACCCAGGGAACAGCGGCACAGAGAGGAGUCCUUACCUCAAGGAAAGUUUUGAAAUGGAGCUUAUUUUUUCAGGUUAGGUUUAAGCCUGGAAUCAUGCCUUGAACUGGUCUUAUAUUGCACCUGCAGUUUUCAGAUUGAAUCAUCUUGUACAAGGCUCUGCUCAGAUUUGAUCAUUAUACCUUUCAUUCUGUAACAGAACAGCAGUUUUAUUAUUUUGAUUGAGAACAUGGCAUCUAUUUUCCUUGCUUUUGAAUGGUUGGCUUACUGCAAAGCAAUGCUAGCCAACCAUUUAAAUAUGUCAUCCCUUCCAAAUGUAUGUUCUUACAAAGUAAGCAAUACAUUGGAUCUGACUUCUAAAAUGAGAUUAUUUUUCUAAUUUGGCGGCCUCCUCCCCUCAGUUUAAUACAUGACCCUCUUAUUCCCUCCCCAACUUCUGCAGUUGAAAAAAAUUUGUAAAGUUAGUAGGGCAUUGGUACUGGUGCAGUUCACUGAUUCAUGAAUGUUUUUGUUUAUGAAAAUCUGUGGAAGCUUUUGAUCAUGUAAAUUUUGUAACUUUAUUUUUCUUCAGACACGUAUGUCACAUCAAUAAAACCUUGGAGUUUGUAGGUGGUACACUUUAGUUCCCCCACUCACCCCAUUUCUUUCCUUUGAUCUUUUAUAAAGAGAGUGUCUUGUAAUGCUCUCACAACGGAACAUGAGUCGAUUCCUCUUGAUUGAAAAUUUUUUCCCCCUAUGGUCCCAAUUUAUAUUGUUUGUGGGAAACUGUAGUUGCUUUUAUGUGUCAUUUCAUUCAAGUGUACAGAACAGAAAACAUCUUGCUUCAAGUAGUUGCCUCUUAUAAGGAUUAGUGACCUUAUCAUGGAUUCUUAAGCUGUCCAUUUCUAAAGCCUCUUUCAUACAUCUACAUUUUUAAAACAAGCACUUGAAGUCAUUCUGUCACAGGAGCACAUUCAUAGCUAAUAACUGUAUCUUUAGUUGUAGUUUCUGUGUGUUUUAGUGCUACAAAAUGUAUCCUCAAAAUCCCUUAAAGUUGUUUCUGGGAACCAUGGUGAGAUGAGAGCUGGACAGUUUUGUUUAUGGUCAAACAGAUUUGUACCUUUAUGUCCAGAGCCCUGUGGAUAUGGGAACCCAUUCACUUUGACCAAGAUACAGAUACAUUUUCUUUAGAUUUUAUUUUUCGAAUACGGUUACCGCAAUUAGCAGUUCUUCAUUUAGCCGGCCUUCUGUAAGUGUGUGCAGUUAGUCUUUCCUGUGCUUUUUUUCAGUUCCAUAUAAUUUUGGCUAAGACAGUGAGUUUCUGCGGUAGUUGUUUAUUAGCUUCCUACAUUGCCUUUAUAAUUCUCCUGAAGCUGUAGAUUUGGUGCUUUGACUCACGGUGGAAGUGCAAGAACACUGCCUAUGUUGAAUUUUGAUAUUCAAUGCUCGUAUCUCUACUUCAAAUUAGAAACUGGUGCAGAUAACCUUGACCUUGUAUAUAUUUGUAGAACUACAAUAAGCAUCUUGUGUAAAUAACAUGUAAUGGGAAGGCAGAUUUAUUUUUGGAGGGGAAGGGUUAAUUUUGCUUCUUUUUUUAAUGUUAAGUUUCUUAUUCUUGAGGGCAAAAAUCACUUCUGAAGUAAGGCAGAGCAGUGCCAGCCAGCUGAAUGGCACAGGGUAUGUCUGGCACAGGAGGUGUACUAGCUGGUGCUCCUUAUGGCACCUAUGAAAAGGUGGCUACAUGCAUCUUCUGCUGAGGCAUUUGGAAGAGUGCUUCGUGUGCAUUUUCCAGGUGGGUGUCUGGUUAUGCAUCCCACCAGCAAACCAGACCCAUGGUCUGAGGGCUAGAUGGAGAGAGAGAUGGCUUCCUGUGCCCUCCUUUCAUCUACACAAAAAGUACCCCAAGAGCAGUUGCAGAGUGCAAAGCUGGUAUAUUCACAUGGUAUUUUAAAGGAUUAAAAGUUUUGCAGGCAUUUGCUUUCAAAGUUUUCAAUGCUGGGAUGUAAAAAUAAGUGUACACAUACUGUGGCAAACAGAUGACUUUAGUCUGUGCUGUACUGACAUCAGUAGACAUCUUUAUCAUGCUGUAUUAAAUGACAGACCCAGAGUGCUUCAGAACCCAUUCUCCAUUGAGAUGGUAAGUGCAUUGCCUGCAUGGCAGUGAGUGUGCCCACUGACGGUGUGCUGCCAGUUUUUAGCAGGCCUUCAUAACCAAAGUAGCUUGGCACUAGUAAACUAGAGGAAAGACCAGUUUAACCACAUAUAUCAUGACCAUGGCUGUGAUAUAUACACCAGCUCAAAUAAAUUCCAUCUUAGCUAAGUAUUAUUGGUCACAUUUUCUUUCAGUCCAUCUGCCAGAGUCUCCCUGCAACUCUUAAACCAUUUUUCAGACACUUCACCAUUAAUGUUGUCAGCAUCUCUGUAAUCCUGGCUGAAUAAUUAGGUGGUUUUUAGACUUGUUCUACUGCAGUUUAUCUUGGUUUGUACAGUAUGAAGGAGUUGAGCUGCUUUUAAGAGUUUUUCCAAAUGACAGAUGCCACAGGUGCUAAUAGAAACCUUCCAUGGGGUUCAGGCAACAUGUGAAACUUAGUCCUGCUUGUAAUGCUGUAUAGUGCAUAGCUUUGUGCAAAAGAUUAAUGCCAAAUCAAAGAUCCUGCCUUUUGGAGUUACUAGUUACCUACCAAAUGUCAAUUAGUGAUACACGCAUCACUGCAUAUGCAAAACUGUACAGGCUUGGCUGACAUAAUUUAUAUCUGGAUGUAGGGGAGGGGGAAACAAAGAUUUACCUGGUGUUUAAUAAAAAAAGUCUCUAAACUUUCAAAGGAGGUACAAGAAGAGCUUACAGUGAGCUUGAAAGAGAUUGAUGUCCAAGCUGUAAACUGAAUGUCAGCAGGAGCCCAAGAGUAAAUGCUAAAAGGUAUUCUCUAAAGCAUAGUACGUGCAGAAUCCAUACAAGGUACAUUUGUGCAGCUAUGCUGGACAUUUACUUUUCAAAAGAUUCACUCUUUGGUUAUAGCCCUGGGAAGUCUGGUGAGUGAGCUUGGAGAAAUAGAAUUAGAGGGAGGAAAUGGUAGAAAUGAGCUAGUUAUUCACUGAGGCACCAGCUGACUUAUUACAAAUGUUGGUAUUUUGUGUUCCUCUUCCAUAUUGGGCAUGGGCUGACAGGAAGCCAUUCUAAUAUGAGAUUCUGCAUUGAAGGUGUCUUUUGCUACAUUUUAGUCCCCUGCUUAUUCCGAAUAGUUACUCCCCGUGAUGUAUAUGCACUAGCUGUGAUCUGAAUAUGAAAUACUCCAGCUGCUUUAGUACACUGCCCUGCAUCUGUAUAUAGUUGCUUUAAACUCACUACAGGUCAAACAAACUAGAGGAAAAAUUUUCCUUCUCUCAGGAUUACGGGCAACAGUAUCCUUUGGGGCUGUGUCUUUUUUAAAAAGCAAACAAAGCCACAUCUGAGACACGUAUCUCUCCCUCUGAACUCCUACAGUAGUAUUUGAAGUGAGUUUUGUUUAAAUGGAGCCAUCUCUGAUCAUCUUUCUGGUUAUGACUACUAGAGACCAGUGUCACUUACGUAUGAAUAAAUGCAGGAUGCUGCUGGACUAGGAAGGGAACUGGUUUAUGGUGUCUGAAUCUGGUCCCAUGCUGUUAGGGGAUAGAAAGGCCACUUAGCAGCAAUGAAAGAGUACUGUUUCCCAGAUAUUUAAGUAAAGCAUGUCUUUAUUUGUAUGAAGCUCACACCAUGGGCUUCAGUCAAAAUAGAUAUAGUUUUCUUUUUAAAAGGAAGCUUUGGCUGCCCCCCUAUGCUGAAAUAGGCAUGGAGGAAAAGUAUGACACAAGUUCUUGAUUCACUUCCACACUUAGCUAUUGGGAUUUGCUGUACUGGGGGAGGAAUUUAGGGGGGGGGGGGGGGGGGGGGCAGGUCUUAAAUAGAAAACCUAGACAGCUUUUUACCUUUCUGCAUAUUGUCUUUUUGCUGUAAUCUUGUUUUAAUACCAUCACACAGAGUAAUGGCUAAGACUUACUGAUGUGGAUGUUGGGAGUUUUAAAUGUCUAUAGACUAUUACCUGAACUGAUAUUAUGGAGUUUCCCAGUACUGUGAGAGGGAUGAGAUCUGUUCAACACAAUAAAGUUUUUUCCUCUCUUCUUA